AUGCGUUUUAAUCCAUCUAACCAACCCCGUGCUUCUCAUAUUCCAAAAGUAGACAACACCCGUUUAUCGCAGGAACCAUCACAAAAUACAGCGUAUCGAUACAAUCAUCCACCAUUAAUGUCGAUCGAUCUUGCAUAUAUACCUCCAUUUUUUGUUCAACCACAAAUACGAAAACAAUUUGAAGAAAGUCAAAAACAGAAACGUGAACGCCAACGAGCAGUUCAACCCACCCUAACACAACGGUCUAAACCCUUGCCAUUACCAACAACAACUGCUGAUCUGAUUCCAGUUCCCACCGUAGUGGUAUUAUCAGAUCCAUGGCCAUCCACCACAUGCUACAAUUAA